AUGCUUUCAACAACGAGAUAUCCCCUCCGCAACAGCGCUCCAGCGAAGGUAUUCGGGAAAGGGCCAGCAUUCACCUCGUUACGCUUAGACAGUGUCGAGACCCUGAGCCACGACACCAAACGUUUCCGUUUUAAGUUACCCUCGGAAACCACAGUGAGCGGACUCAACCUCACAUCGGCCGUCUUGACUUUCUCCAGACCAGCGGGCCAAUUCUUCCCCGUGGUCAGGCCAUAUACCCCAAUUAGUGAUUUGUCCGUGCGGGGCUUCAUCGACCUCGCUGUGAAGAGAUAUCCGAAAGGCAAAGCGAGCAACCACAUCCAUUCUCUGUCUCCGGGAGACACUUUAUUCUUCCUUGGAUCCAUUAGAGCUUACUCAUGGAAACCAAAUGAAUUUAAAAAUAUCACUCUUAUCGCAGGUGGAGCUGGGAUAACUCCAAUGUACCAAUUGAUCCGAGGAAUUUUUCGGAAUCCAGAAGAAAACACCAACGUGACUCUCGUUUUUGGCAUCAACAACGACAGAGACGCUCUAUUCAAGGAUGAAUUCGCCGAAAUGGAGAAGAAGUUCCCAGGCCGCUUCAAGGUCAUCUACACCGUCAGCAACCCCGACGAAGGAUCACCUUUUCCAAAAGGCUAUGUGACGAAGGAAUUGCUUAGCAAAGUGAUGGCGGGGUCGAAAGAGAGGAGCGAGAAAGUGUUUGUUUGUGGUCCACCGGCAAUGGAAGCAUCGUUGACGGGGUCGAGACGAGGUCCAGGAGGAAUCCUGAGCGAGUUAGGGUUCAGAAAAGAUCAAGUUUUUAAGUUUUGAGAUGGUGCGGAGUUCUUUGGCAUGUAGGGAGCGGUAGGAUGGAGGCGUGGUUAGAAGUACCUUUGUAUAAGAAAUCAAGUCCUAUUGAAAAACAAAAUCUUUUUGCGAUACCUUUGCGUAAUGGGGACAUUUAGCGACCCCAAGUGGCCCGUAGCUCCAAGAACUGCUUUCUGUAUAAAGACGCAGCAUUCCAACAACUUCACACAGAAGUGGCUAAUGGAUUAGCUAGUCUAGGC